AUGCCUCCGUCUAAGUCGUCCUCGUCUUCCAGCAAACGUCCCGCCGCGGAGAAUGACCCCUCCAUUUCCCCCCCGCCUUUGAAGCGCAAGGCCCAAAGUGUCAUCUCGAAGGCUGCCGUUGCCAACUUCUUCACACCUACCUCCCAGAAGCCGAAGGAGCGAACAACAUGGACCGAACGGAGUCCCCACGGAGAUACACCAGCAACAUUGCUCGUUGCCAAAUACGUCCCCGACGGGGCCGAGGAGGAGCCGCUACCGAAACGGCGCAAGAUCGCUGCGUUUGAUCUUGAUUCUACCCUGAUCACUACUGCGUCUGGGAAGAAGCAUUCCGACGAUGCAACGGACUGGAAGUGGUGGGACCGGUGUGUCCCAAUGCGGCUGAAGCAGCUGUUCGAGGAAGGUUACCGGGUCGUCAUCUUCACGAACCAGGGAGGCCUGACACUCCACCCCGACCCCAAGUCCAAAGCCCCCAAGAACCUGGGCAAGAACCGAGUCGCCUCCUUUAGGCAGAAAUGCAGUUCCGUGCUCGCCCAACUUGACCUCCCCCUGACUCUCUACGCGGCGACGGCCAAGGAUAUAUACCGCAAACCUCGCACGGGCAUGUGGAAGGAGAUGUGCGACGACUACGACCUUAGGGAGGAGGAUAUAGACCUCGAGAACAGCAUAUUUGUGGGAGAUGCAGGCGGCCGAAUGGCCCAGCUGAAGGGGGCGGCGGCCGUCCCGAAGGACUUCAGUUGCUCGGAUCGGAACCUCGCCCACAAUGUGGGCAUCGAAUUCCAGACGCCUGAAGAGUUCUUCCUCGGGGAACAGCCCCGUGAGUUUGCGAGGGACUUUGAUCUGGUGAACUUUCCCUUUGCCGGCGAGGGCGAGGGCGAAGGUGAGGACGUGGUCAAGUUCGAGAAGAAGAAUGACACGGAGAUUGUCUUGUUCUGUGGCCCGCCUGGCGCAGGCAAGAGCACGUUCUACUGGGAGCAUCUUAAGCCGCUGGGGUACGAACGGGUGAAUCAGGACACUUUGAAGAGCAAGGUCAAAUGCUUCCAGGUGGCUACCGACUUCUUGCGUGAUGGAGAGUCCGUCGCGAUUGACAAUACGAAUCCUGAUCCAGACAUUCGGGCUCAAUGGGUCGAGCUUGCACAGAAGAACAAGGUCCCCAUUCGAUGCGUCUGGUUCCGGACGCCCAUCCAGCUGUGCGAACACAACGAUGCCGUGAGGUCAAUGAACAAAUCGCUGAACCCCGAGUCGAGGCCGUCACUCCCCAAACUUGCAUUUAACGGUUUUAGCUCUAGGUUCAAGGAGCCGAAGCUCAAAGAGGGCUUCCAAGAGAUUGUCGAAGUGGACUUCAAGUUCCGGGGGACGAAGGAAGAGUAUGAGGUCUGGGGGCGGUAUUGGCUCUGA